AUGACACCCCGUGCAGCGUCCACCUCAGACCGACCACCUGUUGCGCACCACAAGUCGCCCCAGCGGCCCAGCCCCCUGCGUCUUUUUAUGUUUACGUUGUUGACAAUCGUCGCGAGCACCGCAUUCCAGAUUGUGCGUUCUGGAGCGACGAUCAAUGAUGUGCCGCACUUCUUCAGCAGGGAGGGCCCAAUUGCGGAUCUCUGGCAAAUGGGGACGAAAGCUUCCACUGUAACGCUGUAUGGCUCUCGACUAUCCCCAUCAACCCAACGCGUCGAGCUGAUCUUGAGAGAAAAGGACAUACCUUAUGAUUUCGUCUCAGUCAAUAUGAGAGAGAAGGAACACAAGUCGGAGAGCCAUUUUACCAAGCAGCCGUUUGGCCAGGUACCUGUGCUGGUAGAUGGUUCGCUUCAACUCUACGGUAACUCAAGUUCUGAACAGGAGCAUAUGUGCAUGGAGCUCAUGGUUGUGCUAGAAUCCCGAGCUAUUGGCCGGUACCUUGCCGGCUCUUAUCCAUUCCGGGGCAUGCCACUCUAUCCCAUGUCUAACCUCACGAGGAUGGCGUGGACGGAGCAGGCGGUCAGUGUGGAAAUGUCGGAUUUUGACCCUGUCUUGUCUGGCCUACUGGUGGAGAUGAUUUACAAGGGGGGCGAGCCGGACUUCGAACGGGUUCAACACCUGAAGGAGCAGCUGAGAGUCAAGAUGGAGGGGUACGAAAGAAUAUUGGACCGGCAGAAAUUUCUUGCUGGAGAAGCACUGACGCUCGCGGAUCUAUUCCAUCUGCCUGUUGGCACGGCCGUGCUGAAAAGGUUGAACAUCGUCUGGUAUGAUGGAUUCCCAAGCGUGGAACGGUGGUGGAAAGACAUCUCAAGCCGCCCAUCUUGGAAGGAGAUCGAGAACCGUUCAUGAGAAAAUGCUUCUGAUGUGUCGAAAAUUCCUCAGUCAUCUUCACCACAAACUAGCUUUAUCGGGCAAGAUAGGAUGUUUGCUUGUCAUCGUCAUGUGAACAACGUUGUCCCGUGGAAAUGAGCCCCUGUAUUCUCAAAGGUGUCGACACAUAUACAAUCAUUACAAAUC